AUGAUGGGAAUAUUUGAGAACGCAUUAAGGACGACCUUUUACAGUACACAAAGUAAUAUCCGCACGCUGAAAUGCCUUCCUGUUUCGACCAACUACAACGGAAACGUGACGAAUAGGCGAGAUGACAGCUUAGUACACGUCCAUACCCUUGGGCAGCGUAUCACGAGAUUAAGAAGCAAGAGUACCGACGCUAAGAAGGGUCCACCAGUUCGAAUCCACGGGAACCGAGCGUUCAAAGUCGGGGAGAAGAGACCGUAUUCGCCCUUUCAUUUCACUGGUCAGCCGAAAGCGGAAUGGGUGAUGGCCCGGCUGGACGACGUCUUGAACUGGGGACGAAGCCGCUCCCUGUGGCCUCUCACCUUCGGGUUAGCGUGCUGCGCCUUGGAGAUGAUGCAUUACGCCGCGCCGAGAUACGACAUGGACCGCUUCGGGAUGGUGUUCCGCGGUACCCCGCGCCAGACCGACGUGAUCAUAGUGGCCGGCACGGUGACCAACAAGAUGGCGCCCGUGUUCCGCAAGACCUACGACCUGAUGCCGGAGCCCAAGUGGGUGGUCUCGAUGGGCAGCUGCGCCAACGGCGGCGGCUACUACCACUACACGUACUCCACGGUGCGAGGGUGCGACCGGAUUGUGCCCGUGGACAUAUACGUGCCCGGCUGCCCGCCCACCGCAGAGGCGCUGCUGUACGCGAUGCUGCAGCUGCAGAAGAAGGUGAAGCGGAUGCGGGUGUGCCAGGAGUGGUACCGCCAU